CCCAGCUCCAAGAAGAUGACACAGCUCAAAAUAAAAAUUAGCAAUCAGUACAACCAAGUCAUCGUUAUAAGGCACCAGCCUCUUUUGCCCACCCCCCCAGCACCAGGUGUGGCCACUAGCCUAUAUGAAGGCCCAAAAUUGUGUGUUCCUUUCUGCUCUGACAAUGGCAUGCCCAUUCUUGCGAGAUGUGGUGGAUGAAGAAGCACUUGUGCUGAGGAGAGCCUUCAGGCGAGAAAGGGUCUUCAGGGACCGGUUGGACCCACUGGCCUUCCCUGAUGACCAUCUUUAUGAAAGAUACAGGUUUUCUGCAGAUGGCAUCAGGUAUCUAUGCAGACUACUGGGUCCCAGGAUUAAGCACCGCACUGCAAGGAGCCAUGCACUGAGUGUGGAGCAAAUGGUUUGUGUGGCCUUGCGCUUUUUUGCUAGUGGAGCCUUCCUGUACUCAGUGGGGGGUGCAGAACAGCUGAACAAGGCCACAAUUUGCCGCACAAUAAGGAGUGUGUGUCUGGCUAUCAAAGCAUUAGCAGAUGUCUUCAUCUCCUUCCCUGGCCACAGAAGACUCUGUGACAUGAAAGAGGAGUUCUAUAGGAUUGCAGGUUUCCCCAAUGUCAUUGGUGCAGUGGACUGCACACACAUAAGGAUAAAAGCCCCCUCAGGUGCCCAUGAGGCCGAUUUUGUGAAUAGGAAAUCCUUUCACAGCAUUAAUGUUCAGAUGGUCUGCAAUGCUGACUGUGUGAUCAGCAAUGUUGUGGCGAAAUGGCCUGGCUCAGUCCAUGACUCCAGAAUCUUUCGGGCCUCUGAAAUCUAUCAGUGCCUAUCACAAGGUGAAUUCUCUGGUGUGUUGCUGGGAGACCGGGGGUAUGGCUGCCAGCCUUUUCUCCUGACACCUUUCACAGACCCCCAGGAAGCACAGCAGGCCUACAACCAUGCCCAUGCCAGGACCAGUUGAAAUGACUUUUGGCCUCCUGAAGGCACGCUUUCACUGCCUUCACAAAUUAAGGGUCAACCCUGUUAGGGCAUGUGAUAUUACUGUGGCUUGUGCUGUCCUCCACAAUGUGGCCUGCCUGAGGAAGGAGAGGGCCCCCAGAGUGCCACCAGCCAUGGACUGGGACAAUCCGGCAAUCUUCCCUGAUGACGACAGUGGUCGGCUGCUGAGGGACCAAUAUGUGUUGAAUUAUUUUAGUUAGUAUGUGUGCUUUCAAUUUAGGUAAAAAAUGUCCUGUUGUGGCAGAGGAAAUAGGGUUUUUUUGGGUUGUUUUUUUUACGAAUUUGGCCUCUUAUGAUGUUUGUGCGGUAUACUGUGUGUAAUACAAGGCUGCAGGGAGGCUACUGCAUCCAUUCAUUUGUCUGUUCAGUUGAUGUGUAUGGAUUUGUCCUGCAUUUAUUUUAGUGUGCAGACAUGCAGGGUGUGUUAUAUACAGACCUUUGAAUGUGUAUGUAUCAUUUUGUAUAAUAUGCUUUGAUUCUGUGCUUUCCAUCUUGUAGAGUCACUGUGACUUCAGUUUCGAAAAGAGCUGAUAGUUUACCUGCUUUGUUUUGUCCUUAUUCAAUAAAGGAACAUAAUGUUA